CUUGCCUAAUAUCAGAGUCCCUACCCUACCGGCCAAAGGCCCGGGAACCCAGUCCAGGAUGGAUUUCUCGCUGAGUCUCCCAGAUACUCAAAACCCCGCCAAGAUCAGAUCCCUCCCCAUACAUUGCUCCACGGAUGGUCUUUCGGCUCGGCCGUGACCCAGUGUCCUUCCGCACAAUGAAAUGUGUCGUCUUAACAAUACACCAUGCCUUUCCAAAUCCCUCGUCAACAAUCGCCUCCUCACUCUCCGUCAAACUCCUCGCCGCACCCCUUAACCCGCACCUCUCCCGCCGUCACCACAUCACCCCUUCUCCCUCACUAAGCGGCUGUAUGCUCUUACAGCAAUGGAUUCAAAAUGAUCACGUGAUCAACCCCUUUCCCUGCUCGCCUAAAUGUUGGCUCAGGGGAAACCAUGAAGGUGACGAUCCGAAUGUAUCAUGAAGUCAUCGAACAACGGUUCAUUGUACACGCCAUUUCCUGUUAAUU